CCCGAUAAAACCCGAACCGAGACCGACCCGAACUUUUAUAAUACCUGAAUGGGGCUGAUUUUCAUAAACCCGAAAACUCGAAACCCGAUUAGAACCGAACCCGAAUGGUCAUCCGAUUGCCCACGCCUAGCUACCGGCAAAUGUAUGGAUGUUUUUUAAUAUAUUUUCUUCUUGUCUUUUAGUUUGUUUUAAAUGUAUCAAACGUGCAUCUUAAUAUGAUCAGUAAGAAUCCAUCUGAACAUUCAAAUAUAACUAGAAUUUAACGACAUAAAUCGAACAAAACCAAAAUUCUUUUUAUACUUCAUUAUUUAAAUAGUCGUACAAAACUGGAACUCAUAUAUUCAUAAUAUCAGUUCGACUUGCAGAUAUAGUUUCUCUAUUUUAUAUAGAUCGAUCUUAUGUAGACAAGAAAAGGUGCUCAAAUAUAAGCAUAACAACCCAAAUACUAUCUUGUAUUUCCUAAAGAAUGCCUACGCUAUUUUUGUUUAUACUCAUUUCAUGCAUAAAAUCAAUGUUCAAAAAAUUGCUACACUCUCGUUAGGCACUUUAAAAGGGAUUAAUGAUUAAGUAAGCCCCGAGAACGAUUUCGGAAUGCCUUAAAAGUUGAAAAAAAAUAAAUAUAUAAAAAAAAAAUUUGGAGCUGAUCUUUAUCACCUUUACGCCGCAAAAACCAUUUUUAGAACCCUGAAUAAAAAUUUUAGAACCCUGAAUAAAAUAAAUAAUAAUCCCUUUCACAUACAUAUUUUAAACUAUAAUAUUCAAAAAAUAUUAUGAUAUAAAAUUAGCAUUUAAAUUUGUUUAAUAAAAAUGAACAACUCAAUAUUACGAUAACUAAGAAACAUUUUUUGAGAAAAAAAACUCAUAAGGUUUACUUAGGGGUUUACAUAAUUUUAAAUUAAAUAUUACCAUUUUAAAUUACAUAUAUUUUAUUUUUAUAUAUAAAAUUUAGUAUUGGUAAUAUAUAUUAUUAACAUAUUUUGGUUUGUUUUGGGACUUAGUUUCUUAAAUAAGAGACUGUGGUAAUUCUAAAGUUUAUAUUCGUAUAAAGAAGUAUCCGAUAUUAAUUAAAUUAUCUAUAUACAUAAUUAUUUAUUUAUUGGAGAAAUUUUACUUCUACACUUUCUUUGGUACCACAUUUCAAGUAUACCACUAGUAUGGGGACAUUUUCACAAAUACACUUUUCAUUAAUGACCAAAAGACCAUACUAUCCCUAACCUUAUCUCUCUCUCGCGAUCCUCUUCUCUUCCUCUCUCUCUCUCUCGAUCUUUUUUCUUCCUCUCUGCCUCCGAAUCACCGAAGAUCCACCGCCUCUCUCUCAUUCCACCGGUACGGUUUUCGUGGCAGAAAAAUUUCAGGCUUUCUAUAUCAGAUUUUGAGUGUUUGGUUACUUUGACAGCCUGCUUGUGUGGAUGGAUCUGGAAACUGAAAAUCGAAUAGCUUCGGUUCAUAAUCAUCGGAACGUUGAUCAUGGUGAUUAUGAUUCUCCAGACGCCGAAAACAUGCAUCUCACCAGAAGCUCCCUCGAAGCCCCACACGCAUUUCCCGAGAUCCACCUGCGACUCCUCGCCGCGAAAGCAUCUCCCUUUACCGAAGAAGAACGCUCGCCUCUGGUCCUCCAAGGCUUGGACGUCGCGUCUCUCCUCCUUCUCCUCUUACUUCCCCCGAUUCCGCGAUCUCGGGUCGCUUCGCAACCACACCAAAGCUCUCUGCCUCUCCGCCGGCGCCGGACACGCUCCGAUGGCGAUGGCCCAUAUCAGGUUAUAUGACGUUACCGCCGUGGAGUUGGUGGAUUCGCUUCCUCUCGUGAGAAGAGCUGAUCCUCAUAACCUUCCUUUUUUCGACGGUGCGUUUGAUUUCACGUUUACUGCGCAUCUUGAUGAUGCUCUGUUUCCGUGGAGGGUCGUGGAGGAGAUGGAGAGGACGGUGAGGCGAGGCCGGUUUUGCGUGGUGGCGGUUGAUGAAUGCGGUGGGGAUGAUGUUAGGGAGAUUGCUAGACUGUUCUUGAAGUCUAAGCUCGUUGAUGUUGCUAUUGUAACAUUAGAAGGAUCCGAAAGGACUAGUAUACUACUCAAAGUUCAAGACUUUUAAGACAUGACUGACUCUGUUUUUGUCUUAUCAAUGUUUGGUUUUUCAAA